UUUCCAAUGAGAAUAAGCCGCAACAGCGAAAUAUCCAUGAUGGCUCCACUUCCGGUGUUUUCCUAAUAUUUGAAAAUUGUUUGUAUUCGUGAUGAUUAUGCCUCCUACAGCAGUGAAACGACCUUUUAACCAAACUCAAUCGAGUGAUAUUGUAUCUGAGCCUAUCCAAGGCACUGCCAUUGUUGUAAUUCACCCAGGUUCUCAAUACCUCAGAAUAGGACGUGCAUCUGACACAUUCCCUCAGACUGUUCCACAUUGUAUCGCACGAAGGCACAAAUCUUCCGGCCAGAAAAACUAUGAAGACCCCUUAGUUCUGAGACGAGAGAGGCAGCAUGCUGAUAUAAAAUCCCAGGAGAAAAUAGGAAUCAGACAAGCAGAGGAUGCCAUAAAGCUUAGACCUACCAUAGAUGGAUCACCCAGGAUUCCUACUUCAUUUAAACAGUUGGCAUCACAUAAUAGCAGUGUUCAAGCCAUUCAAUCUGAUGUACUCUCUCAGGUAAAAUGGACAGCAACUGAAUAUAAACCAGAGUACCUUGUUGGAGAAGAGGCAUUGUAUGUAAAACCCAGUGACCAGUAUGAUCUACAUUGGCCGCUCCGUCGUGGUUGUUUCAACAUACAUGAAGGUCAUAAUGGGACCCCGACCUCAGUCAUACAAGACAUGGAACAUAUAUGGGGGCAUGUUAUAUCAAACUUAUUAGAUAUACCUCUUAAAGAUCUCAGACAUUACAGAGCCGUUCUUUUAAUUCCCGACAUCUAUAACAGGGACGAUGUUAGUAAGCUCAUGACAUUAUUAUUGGAAAGACUUGGAUUUGGAGCUGCAAUUUUUCACCAGGAAUCUGUCUGUGCGAUAUUUGGUGCGGGUGUUCCCAGUGCGUGUGUGGUUGAUGUCGGAGCACAGAAAACAUCUGUUUGUUGCGUCGAUGAUGGGCUGUCACAAAGAAACUCACGGGUGACCAUGGAGUAUGGAGGUUGCGACAUAGAUUGGGCUUUCCAUCGGCUUCUACAAAUGUCUGCAUUUCCUUAUAAGGAGUGUCGUCUUGGCAACCGGCUCGAUGCCCUCAUGAUGCAGGAACUGAAAGAAUCUCACUGUCACAUGGAUCAGAAUACACAAGGUGUACUGGAUGCCACAAUUCACGUAAAGCAACCAUCGAAAAAGAUCACGAAAUAUAGCGUUAAGUUCGGAGAUGAGAGAAUAUUGGCUCCUAUGGGGCUGUUUUAUCCUGAUAUGUUUGGCAUACAAGGGAAAAAUCUUAAACGUGUGCAUCAAAGGAACCAGGGGCAAUCUUCUGAUCCUCUUGAUGAAAAUUAUCUUAUACAGACUCAGAGCAAACAAGAACAGUCUGCCAAGUUAGUUGCUGCGAGAAAAAAGGCAGAACAGGCUAACCAGAAUGUGUCAGAAACUCCAGGAGAAUUGGAAGACUCUCGUCUUGACGCCAUGGAUGAAGAUUCAAAUGAAGCUACAGAUUCACAGGACAUCUCUAUUGCUGGUAAUAAGACUUUGGCUGAGGAAAAUGAAAAAGAUGAUACCUCCGCAUUAUUGGGUUUAGAUGAUGCAAUUCUAUGGAGUAUAGAUAGAUGUAGUUCAGAUGAAAUGAAAAAGAAAAUGUACAGCUGUAUUGUAGUGGUUGGUGGGGGUCUUAAUUUUGAAGGAUCUCAAGCAUGGUUACAAUACAGAAUUUGGACGAAGAUGCCUGCUCAUUAUAGAAUCCAACUUGAAACUAUGGAUGUCAUCACAAAAGCAAAGGAUAUGGAGCCUCAAUUAACAUGUUGGAAGGGAGCAACUAUUAUGUGUUGCUGUGAUACGGCACAUGAACUGUGGAUCAAACGAAGAGAAUGGGAAAAAGAUGGCGUGAAAGUUUUACGCGAAAGAACUCCUUUUGUUUGGUGAACUCAAUUCGUAGAACUCAAUUCUGUAUUUAUGUGCUUGAGUUAUCAUUGAACUCAAUACAUUUCAUCGUGGACUCAAACGUAGGAUUGGACACUGUAUUUUAGUGCUUGAGCACUUGGUGAAACCAAUACACUUAAUAGUGGACUCAUGAGAUGGAAUGCUUUUAUGACUGAGUCAGAGUACAUGAUGAACUUAAUACUUGCUUUGCAUUGUUAAUAUACAUGUAACAUGUGACCACAAAUAUUUUGUACUGAAUUAAGAAAAUUAGAGAAAAAUAAACAUAAUAUAAUUGAGACUUCAUUGAGAUUUCA